AUGAAAUAUCUUAAUAGUCAAAAUUUAUUAAACGAUGAAACAACUUUGAGCAAUUCCAUAAUUAAACUUAAUGAAUUUAUAAUGUCAAAAGUUCAUUGGAAUUUGGGUAUACCAGAAUUGGAAUAUCAAACCUUACAAUAUUUAUUAAACUUGUUAAGAAAAGGAAUGACUUCCGCUCCAUUUGAAAAUUCAGCGACAUCAUUAAAACCUCUUCUUAUUAAAGUUGUUGAAUCGACAGCUUUCGUUGAAUCGGAACAUGGUCAAAAAUUCAUUGCUUGGUCAUUGUUGUUAUCUUCUAAACUUAUGUUGGAUAUUCAUAAAACCAUUAUGCUCGAAUUAAGUCUUUGCAAUAAGAAGAAAGCAGGAUGGUAUGGCAAAAUUUAUGUAAUAGCUUGGCAUAAUGCUGUAGAUGAUGUAAAGUCUGCUUUGGAAAAGUCUUGUCUGCAGCAUUUAAUGGAAGCAUUUUUUAAAGAACAUAGAACUUCAUUGGAACUAAGUAAAUGUGGAAAAAAUAUUCUCACAGUUUUAGAUGUAUUACAUUCUGAAAGAAAAAAGAAAAAUCCAGAAUUUGUAACUAUGAUUACGGAAGCUUAUCAACCUAUAUUGUGGAAAUAUUUGCAGAGUGGCUUUAAUAUGCAUAGGUGUAAUGCUGCAGAUAUUUUCUACAAAGCAUUUCCACUACAAAGAACAAAUGAUAAUGCAAUAAGUGCUGAAACUCUAUUUAAUUUACAAUAUGAAACAAUGCUUAAUACCCUAAGCGAUGAUUGCCAUAUUGUCAGAAUAAUUGCUAUCAGAGAAGUGUGUAAUAUUCUGGCUCAUUAUUGGAAUUCUUUCACUCCGCAUCAGAUCCAAAGUUUGUUAAAAGUAAUAACGACAAAAAACGCACACGAUUUAUCUUCUGCUGAGGCUAGACGAAUGGUUUAUAUUAGUCUUCAAAGUUUAGUUAAAAGUUCUUUAUCCUACGAGUAUAUUAAACAAGUUUUGCCCAAUAUGGGUAAUAAUAUUCACGACGUCAAUCAAAAAGUUCGAAUAGCUUUUAUUCAAUUACUCAUUUGCGUAAAGGACAAAAGCGAUUCAAAAUUUAAAUAUACCGAUAUAGUACCCAUGAUUCAUAUACAAAAUAGAUUAGCGGACGAUAACGCAUCCGUCGGACAUUGGAUUGUGAAAUUAUUAAUAAAAAAUUAUUACAAACCGAAGAUGGCCGUCAUCGAAUGGACUAAAAGAUUCAUUUAUCUCAUAAAAACUUAUUCGAAAUCGUAUAGAAAUUUUUUUUUCUAUUCGAAUAAAAGUUUGUCGUUUAAAGACGCUUGCACAAUUAUUUACGAAAUUUUAAAUCAGCUUGGAAUGUACGUUUUGUCGAAAAGUGAAGAGGAUUUGGACGAAAGCGAAAACAUAAUUGAAAAACCCGUGGAAAAAAAGAAAAGAAAAAAAACUCCUUUAUCGGAAGUAAACGGAUUUGAUAGCGUGGAAAAAUCCAAACCUGCAACCGUCAAAAAAUGUGCCUUUGACGAUCCGGAAGUCGUGUCAGGUUUAUUCGAUAUCGUAACGAUUCUUUGGGUUUUACACGAUAUAGAAUUAAACAAAUCGGAAAAUGAAGAAAUGCGUUUAAAACUUUACGAUACUUAUAUUAAAUAUGCUCAACCGUUUAUCAAUUACUAUAAGAGUUCGGAUUUAUUUAUGGGAAUAAUAUCGUUAAGUGGAAAUAUUCCAGCGUCUCUUUUACGACACAACAGCAUCACGCUUCCCGGAUAUUGUAUAAAAAUGUUAAAAUCUGUCAAUAUCGAAAGAACCGACGACGAAGAUCAAAGAUUUGUCUGCAUGCUCAUGGCAUUAGUCAAAUGGGGCAGGGGAAGUGAAAUAAUCGAAUUGGUGACGUUAUGGUUGGAUGCUGCAUUCGAAACACAAAAUUUGAAUGAAACUAUUCUUCCGAGGAGAAAAGUAAAAAUCAGCGAAUCAUUUCAACCCAAUUCGGUCGUUGCCGUUUUAAUAUUGGAUAUAUUAUUUAAAAAAGAAUAUGCAAAAUUGAGCAUAUUGAAAAAAAAUUACGUUGAGAUAUUCGGCCUUUGGAAAUUCAUGUCCAGAAUUCAAAGAAUAAUUGAAACGAGAUUGGACAAAGGGGAACCGUUCGAUCAGGACAUCGUAUCAGAUCAAUUUAUAAAGCUUUGCUUUCGUCGUUACGUUAAAUUAAUACCGCUUUUGAAGGAAGAUGAUGGCGGCGGCGGCGGCGGCGACGACCACGACGAGAAAAAAGUGAAAAAUUCCGAUGAUAAAAACGAAGACGUGUUUAUCAAUCAUCAAAAAGAAAUGGAAAAUUUAUUAGAAUGGAGUAACAACGUUCUCUACCCUCUGUUGGAAGACGACACGUUGGACGAAAGCGAUUUCGAUCUUAUUGCAUCAAUUAUAAACGACAUUUUGUACGUGUCCGACAACAUGAUAACAAUUCAUUUGGUGAACAACAUGUUUCAUUUUAAAAUGGCUCAUUUUGCGAUAAAAUUAUUAAACACGAAACACGGGAUUCGUUUUGUAAAAUCAUGCAGUAGACUCAUGGUCGCCAUAAGUCAUUCGGCAAAGCUUUUAUUCAACGUGAGUGACGAUUUAAAAAUAUUUUCACGAUUGGUUCCGUGUUUGCUGUCGCACAUAUUAAACGUUUUGACUGCGAAAGAAUUUUCCGCCCAAGAAUUGGAAACAAUCGAAGAUGAUUUGAACGUUGGGAAAACGAAUUUUUGUAAAAUAUUGGCCACGUAUCAGGACAACAUAAAAUGUUCAGAAAAUUUAAAAGAAAGAGUCGGACAACUCAAAGGAAUGACGGAAAUGUUUUCGAAUUGUAUAAUCGGUUCGGUGAUUAAGGAAAUAUCAAGGAAAGGAGGUUCAAUUCCAUCGUUUUCGACGCCUUCUCAAUUGCCGCAAAUAGCAAGUUAUUUAAUAACUUUGUUUUUCAAUAAGAAAACAUGGACUCCUCUAUUCGUCUACUCUCUCAAUUCGAAAUUAUCAUCGGAUGAUUGCAAGGAUGUCAAAACCGUUUUGGCGUGCAUUCUUUUACUGAACGUGUACGGAUCAGGAGAUAAUAAAAUCAACAGGAAAGAAUUCAAGAAAACUUUAUCGACAGCCGAAAAGAAAUUAAAUUCGUUAAAAAAUUCGUCGAAUUGUAAAAACAAGAAAUUUUCAAUGUUGCUCAACGAAGAAGAACCGAUGGAUUCAAAUUCGAAAAAUAAAGAUCAAGUUUCCAAUACUGAAGAAUCCUCAGAAGAAGUUAACAAUCCGGAAGAAAAUUUUUCAUCAACAGCAGAAGAACUUUCUCAAUCGAUAAAGAAAUUAAAUACUCAACAAGAAGAGACAAAUAAUUUGGAAGAAAGAGAGUACAUUGAUCGAGGUUUCCAAUUACUUCGUCAAAUAGAAGAUGCGUUGAAUAAUACGGAGGCGAUUGAUGAAGAAGAUGAAGUGAAAAACAACUGA